UGUUUGUGUUGUUGGAUUCCCGACCGCGCUUCACAAUUUCUUGUGUUUUCGCUGCGAUAACUCAGUUGGAGUUUUUGCCUGAUAUAAAACAGUACCUGUUCUUGAAAAACGCGACAUUAUGAGCAGUACUACAAAGUUUGUGAACGAAUUCUGUGAUAUUAUCGAUUCCUAUGGCGGGCGAGAUAAGGUGAUGAAGGCAUUGUGCUACAGUGCCAAACUGGUGGCCGGCUACCAUGCCAAACGGAAUCCGGAUCUCGCCAAGCGAUACGCCACCGCCAGCUCGAAGAUCUCUGGUGCGAGAGCCACCCUGCGCCUCAUCGACGACAUACCCAUGAUCCAAUAUGCUUUGGAGUACGGCUUGGGCGAGAAUGAGCCUGAUCGCGUGAUGCAAGUACUGGGUGUGACGGCCAACAUCGUCGAUUUGCUCUACUAUCCCAUCGAGAAGGUGUGUUGGCUGGCCGAGCACAAGAUUGUGGAUGUGAAGAAUGCGGAUAACUGGGACAAUGUCAACUCCAUAUUCUGGGUUCUUUCGGUGUACCUUAACCUGAUGAGGACAAUGCGAAAUUUUUCAUUGAAUCAGGACAAACUGAACCGAACGAAAAAUGUAAACCAAUUGGACGUGAAAACGUUGACCAAGCACCGCCUGGAAAUGGUGUCCAUCGUUCGGAUCUCACUCGACUUUGUGCACGCCGUCAGUACGCUGCCCAAAGGAUAUUUGUGGGGCGGCAAGCUGUCCACGCUGCAGGUGGGCGCUAUUGGCACCUUAUCCGCUGGCCUGGGCAUUUACCAGAUCUUUGCCAAGAGAAGACUGAACAAGUAGUCGCUGCGCCAUCGUAUUUGCAAUCUGUGUACUCGUAUUUGUUGAACAGAAUUUUUAAGCUAGUCGGUAAUCGUUUUUGUACGUCACUCGCAAGUGUGUUUUAGCCAGUAAGUCCUUUAAAGAAGCACAAAAUACACGCUGAAUAAUGGUAGAACAAGA